AUGUACAAAGACAACAAAAGCCAAGAAGGGGGCUUUGGAUAUCUCUUUGGGGUGUGGGUGGCCUUGGUUUUGGGAGGUUUGCCUUUGUUGGGGUUGCUCUUGUGGUGGUGGAAUGAGCUUCCUCUCAAAUUACGACGUUCGGACACUAUUACCAAAUUACCCUCAGUCCUCACUUUCCUUUGGUACUUCAAAAUUCUUCGUCGCCCAGAUGACUUUAUCAAUGCUAAACGAGCAAAGUAUGGAGAUGGAGUAGGAAUGUAUAGAACCUACCUCUUCGGAUCACCGUCCAUCAUAGCAUGCUUCCCAGUAGUCAACAAAUUUGUCUUUCAAUCCGACGAUACCUUCAUCCAAAAUUGGCCUAGUGUUGAUCUCAUGGGUUAUACUUCCUUGGUGGAUAUUGGACAAUUAUUCGAAAGUUUGGAACCAGGAACUCUCCUUGAUACCAUUGACAACUUGUUUGAUGGAUUGGUCAAAGGAAUUAGAGCUCAACCAUUCAACAUUCCUGGAUCUGCCUUUCACCAUGCUCGUCAGCUUGAGAAGAAGCUUGAGGAUAUUUUCAUGGUGGAGCUUGAGAAGAAAAAAACCCAGAAAGAAGUGGUGACAAAUGACCUAAUGGAUGGGCUUAUGCAGAUUAUAGAUGAUGAGGGUAACAAAUUAUGUGACCAAGAGGUGCUGGACAACAUUGUGAGCUAUAUAUUAUCUACUUCCCUUGCAUCAAUGUGGGCUAUAUAUUAUCUAGCCAAGUACCCUAAUGUCCUGAAAAAGCUUCGGGAGGAGAAUAUGGCUAUACGUCGGAACAAGAAAGGAGAGUUUAUUACAAGUGACGAUGUUUUAAAAAUGAAAUACACAAACAAGGUGGUGGAAGAAACAAUAAGAAUGGCCAACAUUUCAGCUUUUAAUUUCCGAUCAGUUGUCCAGGAAGCUGAGUAUAAAGGUUAUAUAAUACCUAAGGGUUGGAGAGUGAUUCUUUGUCUUCGAUAUAUCCACACAAAUCCAAAGAACUUUGAUGAUCCUAUGUGUUUCAACCCAGAAAGAUGGAAUGAACCAGCUAGGCCUGGAACAUACCUUUUUGGUGGUGGACCAAGAAUCUGUGCAGGCAACAUGCUUGUUAGGAUACAACUUGCAAUCUUGUUACAUCAUUUGUGCACAGGAUACAAGUGGGAACUAGUCAACCCAGAUGUAGAGAUGGUUUAUCUUCCACAUCCAACACCCAUUGAUAGGGUUGAUAUCACCUUCAACAAACUUUAG